GAUCAAUUUGGAUUUUUCGGAAUUUUCAGUUCUCGAGCACGCAAGUUUCAUCCCGACCCACCUUCGAGUCGUUUGCUGAUAAUCAACAUUCACUGCGUUUGAACAUUGUAUAUUCCCUAUCUCACCGACCAUGUCAGCUCCUCAGUCCAUGCCCAAUGGCAGGAGAAACUCUGUCUCAGCCUCUGAUCCACCUCAAUUCAUACCAAUUCCCGUGAAUCCCAGAGGUGUUCCUCAGUCUUCGUAUGGUCCAACUUCGCCCACUCUCUCGACCUCACCUAGAAAUACAUUCUCCGUCUCCCCUGGCUCGCACACUCGUCAGAGAAGUCUCUCGUCUCUAGCUACACCCGGGGUGGCCAGGCAAUUGACGGCUUUCCUACCCGCUGACUACCCCUUGGCGGAAGAAGAAGACGGACCGGGUGACAAGAGACAGGGAAAGCAGAGGAUACUGCUGCUGGAAAAUAUCAAUCUCGACGCCGCAGAAUACUUGAAAAAGGCCGGCUUCGAGGUGGACCACGUUACCAAAGCGUAUUCAGAGGAGGAACUCGUAGCUAAACUACCGGCCUACGAUGCUGUUGGGAUCCGUAGCAAAACGAAGAUCACCGCCAAGGUCAUCGAUGCUUGUCCCAAGCUCCUGGUUAUCGGAUGCUUCUGUAUCGGAACCAACCAGGUCGAUCUGCUGAAAGCUGCUCAACGUGGAGUCGCCGUCUUCAAUUCUCCCUUUUCAAAUUCUAGAUCGGUCGCUGAGCUCGUCAUCGCCGAGAUCAUUUCCCUCUCUCGACAGCUUCUGGACCGAUCGAGCGAGAUGCGAGCUGGGAUCUGGAACAAGCUCUCUAAAGGGUGCUGGGAGAUUCGAGGCAAGACCCUUGGGAUUGUCGGAUAUGGUCACAUUGGAUCUCAGUUGUCUGUGCUCGCCGAAGCUUUCGGCAUGUCGGUCAUCUACUACGAUGUCAUCCCACUCAUGCCUUUGGGAUCCGCACGUCAGGUUGAUUCGCUGCAAGAACUGCUCAACCGAGCGGACUUUGUCACUCUCCAUGUCCCAGAGAUACCGGAUACCAUCGGUAUGAUGGGUGCGGCAGAAUUCGCUCAUAUGAAGAAGGGAUCCUAUUUCAUCAACAAUGCUCGAGGCAAAGUCGUCGAUCUGGACGCUUUGGCCAGUGCCUUAGAAUCUGGGCAUCUGGCAGGAGCCGCAGUCGACGUAUACCCCAAGGAGCCAGGUGCGAAUGGUCCAGGCUUCAACGAUAAUCUUGGACCGUUCAUUCCUCGAUUACGCCAGAUUCCCAACUUGAUCCUGACGCCACAUAUCGGAGGAUCGACGGAAGAGGCCCAACGUGCGAUUGGAUCAGAAGUCUCAACCGCAUUGUCUCGAUACCUAGAUGUUGGAACGACACUGGGAGCAGUCAAUUUCCCGGAGGUUGACCUUCGAGCCAUCACGACACAAGACGAGAGGCAUAUCAGAGUCUGUCACGUUCACAAGAACGAACCGGGUGUAUUGAAACGAGUCAACAAUAUUCUUGCGGAUCACAACAUUGAGAAGCAGUUCUCGGAUUCAAAGGGAGAUAUCGCCUACCUUAUGGCUGAUAUCAGUGAUGUCGGCGAAGAAGAGGUCGAGAACAUCUACAAACAGAUCAGUGCUGCCUCAUCAAACAUCCUGACGAGAUUGUUAUACUAAAUCAGAACUGCCAUGAUCUUGUACCUGCUUUCAUUCAUCAAUACCAUAGAAUAGAGGGUGUUCGACCCACAUGUAUCCCUUGCACAUAGCG